CUCUUUUGUAAAUGGGAUCCCCUGAGACCAUCUCAAACAAAUCAGGUUAAUUCGGGGUUCAAAACCCACAUCCUCACAUAAGGUUUCACCACAUCUCCUUGGCCUUGACGUUUUCCAAUAAAGAAUAUUGCUCAUGCCGAAGGAGGGAGACAAAAACAUAUUCUUUUGCAAAGGAACUCGAGACAAGCUGCUUCAUGUAAUUUAGUGAGCCAAGCUGUCAGUGAAAUAGGAGUCAUUAUUUUGUUUUAAGACCGGCAUUUUGUCAUAAAACAUGUGAUUCUGCGUUUUUACUGAUAAUGUCAUAUCAAAAAAACCUGCAGUAUCUGGGUUGAUAAUUUCUUGUUAGCAGCUGCUGAAACUCCAAGGAUACAUGCAAUUAACACGCAGUGCAUAACUAUUACAACAUGACAUCUUUAAAAAUCCAGGAGAGUUUCAGGGAUUUUAAAUCCACAUAUACUUCGAGUUUGACAAUCCACAAAAUACCAGACAAGCUUCUGCUUCAUAUCUUUUCGUUUCUGAAGCAUCAAGAACUUGGAAAAGUGGCCCGCGUCUGUAAGAAAUGGCGCUUGCUUGCCUAUGACCCUCGCUUGUGGACGAGCGUAUCCCUACGGCCAGAAUAUGGUGGACUACACGUUCAAAAUCUGGACGCAUUAAUGACUCUGAUUGGCAUAAGAUUCGGAUCUACCCUGAAGUACAUAGAACUCCCAUGUGAACUAAUUACUUCCCCCAUUUUACAUGAACUGGCAAACAAGUGUCCGAACCUUGCUUACAUGACGUUGGACUUCGCCAAUGCCAUGCAGUUGCACGACUUUAAUGACCUUAACGCCUUUCCCUGUAACCUUCGGAGCCUUUGUAUAUGUUUGUCGGAGGUCAUAUUCCUGGAAGGGUUCAUGAGGAGGAUAUACAGCUGCCUCUCAUCUCUAGAAGUUCUCCAUCUAAUUGGAACAUUUGAAAUGUCAAUGGAGGCUGAGGAGGACAUAUAUGAAGUCAUCAACAUUGGGAAAAUUAAGGCGCACACUCCGAACCUGAGAAUUGUCAACAUGUACGGCAUCACCUUUAUAGAUGACACCCACAUAGAGCUACUCACCUCCAACUGUAUCCAUAUAGAGACACUGGCUCUGAACUUCUGUCUCAGAGUCAAAGGCUCCUCCUUCAAGUCCUUGGUGCAAAGAUGCAAAAAGUUGAAAACUCUCUUACUGCAACAUACAGGUGUAGAGGAUCAACACAUGAUUGCUGUCCCUUGGGAGACGUCCAUUAUCUCAGAACUCGAUCUCACCUCAACUGAACUGUCCACAGAAUGUCUAGAGAAUAUUCUACUUCGCAUGCCAGGCUUUACCUACCUAGCAUUAGGAUACUGUGAAUUUUUCUCAGAUAGGAUAUUGGAUCAGUUGUCACAGAAAGGGAAAUUUAACAAGUUGCGAGCUCUAGAUAUUAGCCACACCCAUGCUCUUUCCGAGAACGCCAUCUACCAGUUCCUACAGUCUCACGGCCACCAUCUGACGGGACUCAUGUUGUGUGGAAAACCCAAACUGACGGAAAACUUCUGGUUAAACGUCAUAGGAUUUCUAACUAGCAUCAGAGUUUGUGUACUAGGUACAGCCAAUGGUUGGUUCCUCAGGAUCCAGAGCAAGGUUCAUAUAGAUCAAGUGAUUGAAGGCUUUGCCCAGAACUGUUCCCGCCUGGAGAGGCUCGAGAUUCAGUGGGACCCCGACACGAUCAGGUUCAGCGACAAAAGCAACAAAUUUGUGGAUCACAUCAGGUUGCGUUGUCCGUACCUUAAGUCUUUCACCCUGAGUGAUGGUGAGUAUUACGAGAUGGUCAAGUCCAAUUUCGAGAGGGCAGACAGACUGAAGGUCGUAAGGACGACCACUAACUACUGCACCAGUAUCGUGUGCCUACUUCAUUGCUACAAAGAUCUCUUAUUCAACUGAAUCCACUCGGAAAUCAGUCACCAGUCCACUGCCAGAUAAAGAUUGUAGCCCACUCCACUCGUACUGCAGACACCAGUCCACUGUGGUGGACACAAAGGAUGUAAUCCACUGCGCCAAAUGCCUGAAGGAUCUCGGAACCGCUUUACCAACUCUCAAAAUUCAACCAAUCAUUUAUAGUCUCAAAUAAACAGAUCAGGAGGAAACUGUCCAGAAUAUACACUACUGUACAUUGUAAAUGUAAACCGUAAGGCUUAGAUAACUUUCCUAUCAUUGUCAAUUUUUUUAUUUACUGUUUAAUUCAUUGAUUUUGCAGAAUAAUCUAUGAUAAAAGAAUGUUUUACAUACAUGUGUAACACCACUGAACAUGUGUAAUCCAUUAAAUAAAUACUUAUAGCUCUUUUUAUUAUGUAUAAUUUUCAUAUUUUGGUAUUCAAUGCUAUCUAUAAAUGCUUAAUGAUUUAUAUGGAA